UCGCGCUAUGCACAUAUGUCUUAGUUUUUAAGUAGUUUCCCAUUUAGAAUCUCAGGGUAUCAUCUGUGCAGAAUGCCAUGGUGAUAACGUCUUCCCGCCAUUUCCAUUCAAGAAGUAGUACUAGAAAAUUCUGCUCAAUUUCUUUCUCUCAAUUGUUUCAACAAAAACGUGUCUUAGAAUCUCAAAUCAGCACCACUCUUAUUAGUUGUAAUGGGAUUCAGCAAAUCAAACAAGUUCACGCUCACAUUCUCCGCAAAGGUCUUGAACACAGCUCGCUUGUUCUUACCAAACUUAUCAGAACUCUCACUAAACUAGACAUUCCGAUGGAUUCUUACCCUCGUUUGAUUUUUGAUCAAGUUCAGAAUCCCACUUCUUUUAUGUGGACUGCAAUCAUCAGAGGCUACUCUCUUCAAGGAUUUACGAGCGAAUCGUUUCUCAUGUAUAAGCGAAUGCGACGAGAGGGUAUCCGUCCAACUUCUUUUACAUAUUCAGCUCUAUUCAAGGCAUGUGGAGGAGGAGAUGUUGUUGAUGCAGCUGUAUUUGGUCGUCAGCUUCAUGCUAACGUUAUUUGUAUUGGUGGGUUUGAAUCUGAUUUACAUGUUUGUAAUACAUUGAUUGAUAUGUAUGUCAAUUGCGGGUUGAUUGAAUGUGGGAGGAGACUGUUUGAUGAAAUGCCUGAAAGAGAUGUGAUCUCAUGGACGUCUAUGGUUGUUGCGUAUACAAAGAAUGGAGAUAUGGAAUCAGCAGCUGAUUUGUUUUAUGGGUUAAGGAACAAGGAUGCGGUGGUUUGUACUGCUAUGUUGACGGGAUACGUACAAAAUGGAAAGCCGAAAGAGGCGUUGGAAUUGUUUGAGAGUAUGAUGAAGGACAAUGUUGUGAAGAUUGAUGAGGUUACUCUGGUAGGUGCAAUUUCUGCUUGUGCUCAAUUGGGUUCUACGGAAAAUGCGAAUUGGAUUAGAAUCAUAGCUGACAAAGAAGGUUUCGAUUUGGCUAAAGAUGUUGUCGUGGGAUCUGCUUUGAUUGAUAUGUACUCUAAAUGUGGGAGUGUUGAAGAGGCUUAUAGAAUCUUCCAGGGGAUGAGAGAAAGGAAUGUUUUCUCGUAUACUGCGAUGAUUACUGGGUUUGCGAUGCAUGGGCGUGCUGAAUCAGCAGUGAAGUUAUUUUAUGACAUGCUGGAGACAGAAAUUAAGCCGAACGAAGUUACAUUUAUCGGGGUCCUUACUGCCUGUAGCCACGCUGGAAUGGUUAAGCAAGGCAAGGAGAUAUUAGAAAAAAUGCAUAAUGAUUUUGGGUUGACACCAUCUGCGGAUCACUACACGUGCAUCGUAGAUAUGCUAGGGAGAUCUGGUUGCUUAGAAGAAGCUUUCGAGCUUGUGGAAAAUAUGCCUGUCAAGCCUCAUGGAGGUGUCUGGGGAGCCUUACUCGGAGCGUGUAAGGUCCAUAAAAAUGUUGAAAUUGCGGAGAUUGCGGCAGAACAUCUAUCAGAGCUUGAACCUGACAAUAUUGGAAAUUUAGUUUUGCUUUCCAACAUUUACAGCUCGGCUGUAAGGGGUGAUGAUGUUUCACGGAUAAGAAGGUUGAUAAAAAAGAAACAGCUGAAAAAGAAGCCUGGUUGCAGUUGGGUUGAAACUAGGGACGGUUGGUGCUGCUAAGGGUCACAGCAAGAAAUCGGCGCUGUUGUCUAGGUUGAUGAGUAAUUAAUGUGCUUGAAGAUUCGAAGAUUUCCGCUAACAGAUUUACAGUCCAUUGUGUCUAAUUGAUUUCUGCAAACGGAUUGCAAGCAAGUUAUUACCAUACCCAACUAAACUUAGUCGGGCUGAAGUUUGGUUAGAACUUAGCGCUCCUUUCACAGGUGCUCAUAGAAGCGCAACUGAUUGCAGAGAUUUCCCGCAAACCGAUUGCAAGACAGUUAUACACACCCAAAAUAGUUUUGUAAUAGUGGUAAUUGAAUUAUUGUCCCUACUUUUGAUGGGCUAUACAAAUAUCCUUAUCACAUAAUAAUUAUGUCCUUCUGUAUCUAUAAGCCCAUCAGGGGCCCAUCAACA